UUUAAUCAAUACAGUGUUAUUUUAUUUAUUGUAGAGUUAUAACUCAUGAUAAUAAAUGCAUGUACUUAGUAUAUUUAAUAUACGCGAUUAUUUUUAACGUCAUUGUUAAGUAUCAAUGUGUAUAUAUAUUUAAUGUAUGGAAGUAGGAAGAUCAGCAACGUAAAAAAAUAAUCCUUAUACGCGUUGUUGAGUGGAUUAAGAGGCCCUACAAUAGCACAGUUAUCAUAUAAAUACAGGGUCACGGCUGGGGGUUGUCUGUAAUAUAAAAGACCGCCGUCUAAAUCACCAGGUUCAGUUAUAUAUCAGCUAUUGAUAGCCGAAGGUUUUGUUAUUUAAAAAUAAAUAAAAGUUGAAAUGGUCGUUAACUUCAAAGUAUUCAAAAAAUGCUCGCCGAAUGGCAAGCUCGCGCUCUACUUGGGCAAACGUGAUUUCAUUGAUUAUUUAUCGGGAACUGAACCCAUAGACGGUGUUCUUUUAGUCGAUCAAGAUUACGUUAACAGCAGGCGCAAGAUAUGGGGCCAGUUGGUGUGCAGUUUUCGUUACGGCCGCGAACAAGACGAAAUAAUGGGACUUAACUUCCAGAAAAAUUUGUACAUGGUCUCUGAAGAAGUCUAUCCGGCUGCUGAUAAAAAGUCGAACGUAAAUUUAACUAAAGCGCAAGAGAGAUUGUUGAAAAAGUUGGGACCCAAUGCUGUGCCAUUUACGUUCACGUUCCCGCAGACUUCACCAGCGAGUGUUACCCUCCAGCAGGGAUCCGAUGAUACUGGCGAGCCCUGUGGCAUCAGUUACUACAUUAAAAUAUUUGCCAGUGAGAAUGAAUCUGAUAUUAAUCACAAGCGCAGCACCGUUUGUCUGGGGAUACGUAAAAUACAGUUCGCGCCCACGAAACAGGGCCGCCAGCCGUGCACGGUUGUGAGGAAAGACUUUCUGCUGAGCCCUGGUGAGCUGGAGCUCGAGGUUACGCUUGAUAAGCAGAUCUACCAUCACGGAGAGACAAUCGCUGUCAGUGUUUGCGUGAGGAAUAACAGCAAUAAAAUUGUCAAGAAAAUAAAGGCACUACUCCAGCAGGGCAUCGACUUCGUGAUCUUCCAAAACGGCCAGUUCCGGACCGUGAUCGACGCCGUCGAGAUGCAAGACGGCUGCCCGAUAAGUCCUGGAUCAACUCUGCAGAAAGUUGUUUAUCUGAAGCCCAACCUAGAGAACAACAAGCACAUACGAGGAGUAGCUCUCGAUGGAAAAUUGAAACGCGAGGAAGAUGAAUUGGCAUCAAGUACUCUUAUCACCACUCCAGAUAUACGCGACUCAUUUGGUAUCAUUGUCACGUACGGAGUCAAAGUUAAACUGUACUUGGGAGCUCUCGGAGGCGAAUUAUGCGCGGAAUUACCAUUCAUUUUAAUGCGCGAAAAGCCAAAUGACCGCAUAAAACUCAUGCCAUCUGAGGAUAUCAACGUCGAGGAGCUUCAGUCUGAAGAAAAAUGUGUCAAAGAAUAAUAAUUAUUUAUCUUGAUUUAUAAUUUAUUGCUACUCGUUAUCAUCAAUUGCGUUUGUCAAAUAAUUUUCAGAUUAAUGAACAUAAUUAAUUACUUAUUACUUAAAACAAUAUUACGUAUUAUGUA